AUGAGCCAGCUGCUCACCUCCCGACAAGCGGAGGAGCUGCACAAAUCCAUGAUCGCAUAUAUGCUGUCCGUUGGCAUGACCGAGAGCGCCGCAGGUCUCCGCCGAGAAUCCAACUUGGCCGACACGUUUGACGAUGCUACGGCUAAAAAGUAUGAGACUCUACUGGAAAAGAAAUGGACGUCUGUUGUCCGACUCCAAAAGAAGAUAAUGGACUUGGAAGCAAAGAAUGCCGCUCUGCAGCACGAAAUUGACACGGCCGCACCCCUUUCGUCAAAUCGCAAAAUUGACCCGGUGACAUGGCUCCCGAGAGCACCAGCUCGACACACAUUACAAGGCCACCGACUCCCGGUCACGUCGGUUGCGUUUCACCCCAUCUUCAGCUCGCUUGCGUCGGGCUCAGAAGACUCGACCAUCAAAAUCUGGGACUGGGAGUUGGGCGAACUCGAAAGGACGUUAAAGGGCCAUACCAAGGCAGUGCUCGACGUGGACUUUGGCGGCCCACGAGGGGCCACGCUACUCGCCAGUUGUAGCAGCGACUUAACCAUCAGAUUAUGGGAUCCAAGCGACGAAUACAAGAACAUCCGAACUCUACCUGGUCACGACCAUUCGAUUUCAUCACUUCGGUUUAUUCCUUCGGGCGCAGCCGGCGCUCCGCUCUCGGGGAACAUGCUGGUCUCGGCCUCGAGAGACAAGACGCUUCGGAUAUGGGAUGUCACUACGGGAUAUUGUUUGAAAACACUAAAGGGACAUACGGAAUGGGUGAGGACGGUGACACCAUCAAUUGAUGGACGAUGGCUAUUAAGCGCUGGGAACGACCAAAUACCCCGGUUAUGGGAUGCAAGCUCUGGCGAGGUCAAGAUCACGUUUUUGGGCCAUGAGCAUGUGGUUGAAUGCGUGGCUUUUGCGCCGAGCUCGUCCUAUGCACAUUUGGCCAGCAUUGCUGGUUACAAAAAGCCACCACCAGCAAGCAGUAGCGGAGAGUUCUUAGCCACAGGAGGCCGAGACAAAAUCAUCAAAAUCUGGGACAAUCGGGGAACGUGCCACAAGACACUGGUGGGACAUGAUAACUGGGUGAGAGGCCUCGUAUUCCAUCCAGGUGGCCGGUAUUUGCUCUCGAUAUCCGACGACAAGACCAUCCGAUGUUGGGAUCUUUCUCAGGAGUGCAAAUGCGUCAAAGUUGUGGAUGACGCCCAUCAGCAUUUCAUUAGCAGCAUCCGAUGGGCACCAGACAUUCCGGUCCAGCCAGCCUCAAAUGGAGAAAGCAACGGCGGGACGGUGCCCAGCAAGAAAGAAGACAGCGGAGGAGGAGGGAAGAUUCGGUGUGUGAUAGCCACCGCCAGUGUCGACCUAAAUGUCCGCGUCUUUGCUGGCUGA